AUGACCUUUCGUGUAGAAGUUAAUGAUGUGUUGGGAAGCUUCAACAAUGAAACAUUUGCUAAAUUUUCGGUGCAGUUCCAAUCUUCAAGUUUUCAUAAUAUUCGUUAUUUAAAAAACAACUCUCAUAUUUAUGUGGACUUCAAUGCACGAGACCGGUAUGAAAUUUUUGUUGGCCCUGGGGAGGUAUAUUUUGGUGCAAAAUUAACUAUACCUGAAUGUAUACGUGAGGAAAGGCUAUAUAAUCAUGUUAUAACACUGAAUCAACAAAUAUCAUCAUACCAACAAAAAUUAUUUAAAUUAGAAACACAUAUCAGAGAGCUAGAAACCAAAUUAUCAAAUUGCUGUUGUACAGCAGUCACAACUUCUAUCACGGAACAAUCAUAUAUUAAUAAUAAUAAUAUCAACAAUAAUGAUAAUAUUAACAAUAAUGAUCAUAUUAACAAUAAUGAUAACAAUAACAAUAAUAUUAACAAUAAUAUUAAUAUUAAUAAUAACAAUAAUAUUAAUAAUAAUAUUAACAACAAUAAUAAUAUUAUUAAUAAUAAUAUUAAUAAUAAUAAUAAUAUUAAUAAUAAAAAUAAUAUUAAUAAUAAUAAUAAUAUUAAUAAUAAAAAUAAUAUUAAUAAUAAUCCAUCAAUCUCUGCAGAACCAUCACCCGAAUCACCUAGCAGUAACACCAGCAUAGUACGAACAAAUAACCUGCCAUCAAAAUGGCAACCCCGUCAUCGUAAUCAACUGAAAAGACUUUCCCGACUCUCUCAAAAAAAACCCACACCAUAUCAUGUAACACCAAUUCAAAAUUUAGACGAAGCACGAAAAAUUGUAAGACAAACUUGUAAAAUGACAAAAUCGGCUAAAAGUUAUCAAAAAAUAGACCUAUAUAUUGGAGCAGCAAAAGCCCACCAAGCAAUGAUUUUUGGAAACUCAACUGGCACAUAUUCAAAAAGUGACCAACUAAAUGAUAUUGGUUGCACAACCAUCAAAUCAGGUGCAUUAUCAAAACGACACUCUCAAUUUGCAAAAUGUUCCAGGAUUAAUAGCAGCAACGAAAUUAAUAGCAGCCAUAGUGGUAAUGAUUUAUAUUCAAACCUAGUACCAAUUUCACUUUGGUACGAGCCAAAAAAAGCCGCAGAAGCAGCUUUAAUUUAUUUAGAAGAAUCUGCACAAGGUGCCAUUAUAUCAGAUGAUGAAGCAAAUGAAAUU